AAAUGGAAUGUGCGGCAGGGAUGCAUCCCUGGGAUGCUGCAGCUGUUUCUGGGCUCCAGUAAAUGUUGGGGGCUACUCAAGUAUUACUUUAACAUACCACCAAAAUGAGUGAAGGGAAAGACCAAGGCAAUCCAGAAGAUGUGGAUGAUAUAACAGAAAGUGUAGAGUAUGAGGAUGACUUCGAAAAAGACCUAGAAUGGCUAAUUAAUGAAGAAGAAAAAGAAAACCUUGGUGAAAGAGAGAAUCCUGAACAAAAUGCAGAGGAUAUUGACACAGUAAUUGAUAAAGUCUUGGAGGACUCUGAGGAAGGGGAAGACAGUGAGGAAAGAGAAGAGAAUAUAGAUCGGCUUUCUGAGGCAAAUGUAGAUGUGAAAGUGAGUCCAUCCAAUGAAGAAUCCAGGUCUGAUGAUAAAGAGGAAGAGCAUGUAUCUGACACUGAUAGUGAAUGCUCUAUCCAGGACUCCAAGCUUGAAAAUGAAAAGGAGCUAGAUGAGGAAGAGGAGGAAGAAAUAAAGCGCUACAUAUUGGAAAAGAUUGAAAAAGCCAACAAACUACUGGAGGAUCAGGCUCCUGUGGAUGAGAAUAGAGAACGGAAAUUAAAAUUUAAGGAUAUGUUGGUAGAUCUUGAAGUUCCUCCUGUAGAAGAUGCUGAUGUCUAUAAAGCUGAUCUUGCAGGAGGAGAUGAUAUUUCAAAUAGGCUAUCUCAGUUGCAUAUUUCUAAUGAAAUGGGAUGGGAAAGCACAUCACUUUCACCAAAUACUGGCAAUGAUGAGGAACAGAAGGAUGGGAAGAUCCUAGUGGAAAAAGAUGGAAAGUUCGAACUCUUGAGUUUACAUGACAUUGAAAGCCAGGGCUUUUUGCCCCCAAUAAGCGUUUCUUUCACUGAUAUUGAAACUCAGCAUACUUGUCCCAAAUCUUCACAUUACAGUUCUUCUGGCACUGUGUCUCGAAUGAAGGAAGCAUCUCUAGUAAGAGCAGGAGAACAUUCUUCCUCUCCUGCUGAAGAAGACUCUGCGUAUUUCCCUAAGCCUCCAUCUAACCCUAAGUGUCGUCCAAAUUCUGCCAUCAAUGCUACAAGAAGUCCAGGAAAACGCAAGACUCCACAGAGAGCACAAUCUGCAAAUACACCUCUGAGAAAUUCCACUUACUGUCUUUCUCCCAGGCAAAAAGAGCUGCGGAAGCAGUUAGAACAAAGGAAGGAGAAACUGAGGAAAGAGGAAGAAGAACAGAAAAGAGAACAAGAAGAACAGAAGAAAAGAGAGAAUGAGAUGGUUUUUAGAGCUUGGUUGCAGAAGAAAAAAGAACAAGUGCAAGAAGAAAAGAGAAUUCGGCGUGCAAAGGAGCUAGAAGACUUGAACAGCAAAGAGAGGAACAGGAAUCCAGAAGAAGCCUUCAAGGUAUGGCUUAAAAAAAAGCACCAAGAACGCAUAAAAGAAAAACAGAUAGAAUUUUUGAGACGCCAAGCGGAGGGCAUGACCUUUUUUCCAAGAACAGAAGAAUGCAACAGAGCCUUUAAAGAAUGGCUAAAAAGAAAGAGAGAAGAAAAACGAGCAGAAGAGCUAGCAGCUAAAGAGCGAGUAAGGCAACUUAGGUUAGAAGCCAGAAGAGCAAAACAGUUGCAGAAUAUCCACUGCAUUAGUUCAGAACCUAAAUCCUUUCGCUUCACAGACCAUUACAGCUGAAGGUUUGAUGUAACCACACACUUCUCUGUGGCAGCUCUUUUACUUUCUAUACUUGAGCAUUUGCUCUUUAUAGCUACUGACCUUCUGUGGUGUUUUAAAGCUUUUAAGCAAGUUUAAUAAUUCUUUUCACUGACAAUGAAUAAAUACUACCUAUUUAUUUGUAUUUUUUGUUGAAAAGCCUGCUUUUAUGCAUAACUCAG